AUGACGGCCGCGUCUGGAGACGUCGAGGCUUUUACUUUGCUAGGGCUAGCUUUGUCCUUGAUUAUCCUUCGAACAUAUGUUCGCUUCGAUUUAGUAGGCCUGAGAAAGUUCCAGCUUGAUGACUACUUGAUGAUCUUGACCGGGGUGCUUUUCACUGCAGAAUUGGUACUCGCAUACAUGGUCGUGGCGAAAUUCGAUGGCUUGACAAACAGCUAUAUGACUCCAGAGGAGCGUGCCGCCUUGGAUCCAAACUCAUACGAAUAUUAUCAGCGUGUGUCGGGUUCCAAGAUUCAAGUAGCGGGAUGGUCAAUCUACGUGAUGACUUUAUGGUCGGGCAAGUUCUGUUUGGCUAUAUUCUAUUCCCGCCUAACUAUGGGAUUGUCGCAGUUUGAGAUGCGCGUGCAUAUUGCUUAUAUACUGCUUGGUACUACGUAUAUUGCUACAGCUCUUUCAAUCCUCCUCUCCUGCCGGCCUAUGAACAAAUUUUGGCAAAUCGAUCCUGAUCCUGGAAAUACCUGUCAACCUACGGUUUCGAAAGUAUACAUUCUCGUCGUUAUGAUUCUCAACGUAUUGACGGAUGCCUUCCUGUUGUUCAUUCCUUUACCGCUCCUCUGGAAAGUGGACAUUGGCCUCAAGAGGAAAAUCAGUUUGAUGGUACUUUUCAGUGGAGGAUUGUUCAUCAUAGCGGCAUCAAUUAUUCGCGCAGCAGUCGUCCUCACGUCCGGCCCCGACGGCGCCGUUCAAGGAAGCAAAUGGGCAUGUCGCGAAACUUUCGUCUCGAUUGCCGUAGCCAAUAUCCCGAUUAUCUUCCCUCUCAUCCGAAGCUGCGCCAACAAAAUCGGUCUCAGUGCCUUGUUCAGCUCCUCCGGUCGUCCGUCCAACAGCCACCCUCUUACAAGCAAAAGAGGAACGGGGCAUGAACUGCGAAGUCGAAGUAACAGGCGUCAUAAUCCGAUGUCGAUUCCGGGUGGUACGGCAUGGGAUAGCGAUGAGCAAAUAUUGGCCAACAAUAACCAUGUGCACGUCAGCAUCAACGGAAAUGAUAACGGAGACAAUGAAAGUGAUGAUCAUUCUAAGACAAAGGGGGGUAUCGGCGUUACAAAGGAAGUCACAAUCAUCAGAGAGACUGCUGGUUCGCCAUAAUACCAUAUACUUGCAUUUUCCACUCUCGCGGAGAGAUUUCACCGAUCACCACUGGGGAUUUUCUUUUGUUAUGAGCUUCCAUUUUGCGUUGGAAAGCUUGGGGCUGGCUCUUUUGUAUACAAAAAUGCACCUACUAUAUAAU